AUGACUCUCGAAGGAAGCUGCAUGUGCGGUGCUAUUGCAUACGCCUCUGACUGUAUGUCUAGUACAUGCCGAGCCUCUUGUGAAGCUUUAUGCCACUGUGUUGAUUGCCAGAAGGUACCUACCCACCCUAUCGUUGCUUUACCCCAUACAUCCUUCUCUUCUCAUAUUCGAUCAUUGUGGCUGAGAAUUGCUGCAGGAGAACCCUCGUUCUAUGACAUCACUGGAGCCUCGGGCAAGAACAAUCGCCAUUUCUUCUGCGGCAAGUGUGGGUCGAGUCUGUACACAGAAUUAGAUCUCAUGGCCGACAAGACCGUCAUUAAAGCCGGUACCCUGGAUGGUGGCGAGGCAAACUUGCGGAACAAGGUCGAUGUCGAAUUCUAUACUAAAGACCGGGCGUCGUAUCUGUGUGCUGUGCAGGGCGCCAAGCAAGAGCCACUUCUGGGCUGA